AAACCCCCUCCCUCCAUGGCCUUGGCCCUCACCUCCUCCAUCCUCCGGCCGCGCGCCCUCAGCGUCCCCUUCCCCAAGCGGAGACUACAGCUCCCGGCGUGCCGCGCGCCGCCCCGCGCGAUGCACGCCGGGAGUUGUAGUCUCCGCCACGUGGAAGACGCCUCCAUCUCCCCACUCAAACCACAACUCCCGCAACCGUUCGCGUCGCCCGGCGCCAUCAUUGACCCCCCCCUCCGACUUCCGCGCAUGCGCGGUGCGGGCUGUUGUUGUGGCGGCGCGGCCGCCCGCGGCUUCACCCGGGCGGGAGCGAUGAGCGACAACGAUGACAUCGAGGUGGAGAGCGACGAGGAGCAGCCGAGGUUUCAGUCCGCGGCCGAUAAACGGGCUCAUCACAACGCGCUGGAGCGCAAGCGCAGGGACCACAUCAAGGACAGCUUCCACAGCCUGCGGGAUUCCGUGCCCUCGCUCCAAGGAGAGAAGCAACAGGCAUCCCGGGCCCAAAUCCUGGACAAAGCCACAGAGUACAUCCAGUACAUGCGCCGGAAAAACCACACACACCAGCAGGACAUCGACGACCUCAAGCGGCAGAAUGCGCUGCUGGAGCAGCAAGUGCGCGCGCUGGAGAAGGCCCGAGCCAGCGCCCAGCUCCAGGCCAGCUACCCCGCGGACAACAGCCUCUACACCAACCCCAAGGGCAGUGCCAUCUCCGCCUUCGACGGCGGCUCCGACUCCAGCUCCGACUCGGAGCCCGACGAGCCGCAGAACAGGAAGAAGCUGCGCAUGGAGGCCAGCUAGGCCCCUCCGCCGCCCCCCGGCCCGCGGCAGGACUCGCUCCCUCCGCUCCUAGAAGCUCUUGGACUGCAGCUUCCCAGCCCUCCCCGGCCCCUUCCCUGCUCCCAACGCGCCGGCCCCGGGGGGAGCCGGCCAGGCCGAGCAGAAAGACUUGGGGGGGUCAGGGAGACUCCCCCGCCAACUCCCCUCCGCUAGCGACCCCCCUCCCCUUCCCUCCUGGUUUUAUAGGAGCAUUUCUAUUUAUACCCGGGGACCAGUGCAGUCCAGAACGGGGAGGAGCCAGGCAGCCCCCCCCAAAAAAGGAGCAAGCACUGGGGGGGGAUCUCCCUAUUUAUUUUCUCCGUGUGCAACUCCACCUGCCCGAGUCGGCGGAGCACAGAGCCAGGCUUGGGGGCUCCUUCCCCACUCCUCCUCCUCCUUCCCUCCCUUGACCCUUCCCAACCUCCGUGGCAUUUUCCGAACUCCAGUGGCCCGUCCCUGCCCCGUAGGUGCCCCUUUUCCCCCCAUUUUGAUGCCAUUCCAUGGAUCUAAGGUAUGUUGUACAUACUGCCCAGAGUUGUCUUGCAAGUUAAGGCUUCCCUUUACUAUAAGACUAUAAAUAAUAAACAAAAAAAGCCAAAAUUCCACUUA